AGAUUUCUUCCGGGUUCCUGUCUCACUUUGUUUUGUUUGGGUGGAUCAUCAGCCAGCUCAAUAUGACAGAAACUCACACUCUGUGGCGGUAAAUAGCGCAUUGCUCAAACUUUUAUGUCGGCUUGGAUUAAAGUAUGACGUUUUCUGAGGUUUCAUAACUCGCUAAGGUCGUAAGAAGUAGUUUCAGGGUGAAUUCAUCCCGACCUGAGACACCUGUUGCUCCAGUUUCGCCACACAGGUGCAGUCGGCUCAAAGAGGGAGAGCUACGUGCCACAGACUUUUCAAACUUGGAUUAAUUUACUGAUUUAUUAUAUAUUUUUUUAACAUCUGGAGUUGUAACUAGUAUGAAAGUUACAGUAACUUUCGGGGAAACCGCUGUGGUGGUUCCCUGCAAAGGUGGAUGGACGGUCCAGGAUUUAAUCGACCAAGCCAUGCGGAGGUACCGCAGGGUUCUGGAGAAGCAUGGGGAGAUUACAGUAAAGAUCCACCACUUGGAGUACCCCGAAGGAGGAAUCCUGGACGUGGACGACCUGCUGAGCGAUCUAGUGGAAGACAAAGACAAGCUGGUGGCUGUUUUUCAAGAAGACCAGCGUGCAGGGACAGAGAGUCCCAGAGAGACCAUGUCCAAUGGCUUCUCCAGUGCCAACCCUUCUCCAGAACCAAUGCACUAUUAUCCCCACCUGGAGUACGAGGAUCCAAACAGAGGAGAGAUUGAAGUAAACGAGGCCAUCCUCAAAGCCAAUACACCUCUGUUGGUGAGGAGCAGCAGUGACCCAGCUUUGGCUUUACCCCAUGACUCGACACCCACACAGCCACCUGAUGAUGACCAGAGUAAUGAGUUUCCUGAACCAGAAAUAAGUCAUGUACUGACAGGAGCCUCGGACAGACUGCAGACAAACAACCCCCCAGCCAAGAUGAACCAAGUGAACUACAGCAGUUUGACAAGGACAGUUGAGCUCGCAGGUGAUCAGGGCCCCCUGGGUAUCCAUGUGGUUCCCUACUGCUCCUCUCUCAGUGGACGAACUCUGGGUCUUCACAUAAAAGGAAUCGAGGAAAACAGUCGUUCCAAGAGAGAGAAUAUCUUCAAGGAAGAUGAAAGUAUCGUCCAAAUCAACGACACACCACUCCUGGACAAAACCUUUACACAGUCUCAAGAUGUGUUCCGCCAGGCCAUGAUGUCUUCUUAUGUGCGCCUGGAAGUCCUCCCUGCAGCCAACAAGCCGCGCUAUGAAAAGAGCCUGAUUGGUCAGCUUUUUACCGGUGAUGAAAAAGACGCCCCUCCGAAAGGAAGGAAUCUGAUAGUAGCCCAAGCUCAAGCCGACCCCCGACCGGAACCCAAACCAGAUUUGAGACUGAACGCCAAAGCAGAAGCUAGACGACCAGACGUACGCUCCAAGACACCCGAGCCAGCUCUGCAGAGCAUACCACCUGUACAGAACCAGUCUGGGCCGGGUUCCUUGGAGAGAGGUUCUCCAACACCUCCAACAAGAGCAGCAAACUCCUCUCCAAUUUCCAGGGCCCACAACCAGAGCCCAUUGGCCAGUAAGGGUCCUGCUUUGCCUGGCCCAUCUAACCUUACAAGCAGGAAGGGCGGCAAGAAGUUUAAAAUCGACCUGAAAAAAGGUGCGGAAGGUUUGGGCUUCACCGUGGUAACCAGGGACACUUCUGUCCACGGGCCAGGGCCAAUUUUAGUGAAGAACAUACUGCCACGUGGAGCCGCGGUGGAGGAUGGCCGCCUUCAGCCUGGAGACCGCAUCCUGGAGGUGAACGGAGUAGACAUGACAGGCCGCAGCCAGGAGGAACUCGUGGCCAUGCUGCGUAGCACCAAGCAGGGCGAGAGUGUGCAUGUGGUGGUGGCGCGGCAGGAGGACAUCUUCCUGCCGCGGGAGCUGAAAGGUGAGAGCACAAGCAGUCGUGCUUUGGAGGACGGCAGAGAGCAGCUGAUGUACGAGAUCCCGCUUAAUGAAACUGGCUCGGCUGGCCUGGGGGUCAGCCUAAAGGGGAACAAGUCCAGAGAGACCGGAGAGGACCUUGGAAUCUUCAUCAAAUCCAUCAUCCACGGAGGUGCCGCUUACAAGGAUGGCCGGUUGAGUAUGAACGAUCAGAUGAUUGCAGUGAACGGUGAAUCGCUGCUUGGGCGCUCCAACCACUCUGCCAUGGAGACACUGAGGAGGUCCAUGUCGUUCGAGGGAAACGCCAGAGGCACCAUCCAGCUUGUGGUCCUCCGAGCUCACAGACAGGCGGGUAGUGCCAGCCCUUCACCAAAUGUCUCAAAUCAACCCAGCUUUCAAAAGGGCUCCAGCAAUCAGGAGCCACGGGGCCGCGAUACAUACCAGAAACCCUCUGAACCCACUCCAGCCUCUAACCUAGAGUCCACCAUGAAUGGCGUUGGUCACGCUCCAGUUAAAGAUUAUGCACACAGCAACUCUGGAAGUGCUCCUGUCGCCGCCACCAAUGGCAGCUAUGGUCACCACAGCAAUGAUGAUGAUGAGCAAAGUUUCCCCCCACCACCCUCCCCUGGUACUAUGGAGGAAAUUAACAGAAAACUACGUCUUACUCUUUCCCGCCACAGGGAGCAGCCCCACACGCCUGCAUCUCUCCACCCAGACAGCCAGCAUGCCAGUGAUAAGGACAACAUGCCUCGCAACCGAUUGUCCAAGAGCAUGGACCUUGUGGCUGACGAGAGCAACGUGGGAUCACUGGUUGGGCAGGGAAAUGAGCCCUCGGAUGGAGGAGCAAUGGGCCCAACACUCGGCCUCUGGAAGUCCAGCUCCUUGGAGAGCCUCCAGACCGCUGUCUCCGAGGCCAAACACAGUCGCAUCCAAGCUCAGGUGCCCUUUCAUCGCCCACGACCCCACAUGGUCCGGGGGCGAGGAUGCAACCAGAGUUUCCGCAACGCCAUCGACAAAUCCUACGAAGGACCUUCGGAGGAUGACGACGACAUGUCAGACCACAGCUCCGGCCACGAAACCCCCGCCAGCACCUCCUCCCGCCAGGAGCUGGAUGCAGAUGAUGGAAAGAAGAAGAAGAAAACCAAAGGAAAGAAGAAGGAGAAAAAGAUCAAGGGUAAGAAGAAAACAGAGGAUUCUGCAGAGGACCCGGAAAAGAAGAGCAAAAAGAAAGGAUUUGGCAUCUUAAGGUUUGGUAAGAAGAAAGAGGAAAAGAACAAAGAUGCAUCGAAAUCAUCUAAAAACAAACUGGAAGCCCUGAGUGAGGAAGAGCUGGAUGGGACAGCUGACAACAGAGAUGGCUACGAUCCACGCUACGCCGAAGUCCGCUCUGGCCAUGCCACUCCCGAUCAGGCCUCACUCCCUGAUGUGGAAGACGACGACAGCGACCCCAACUACGCUCGCAUCAGCAACUUCCGCCAGCCCCCUUCACCUCAGUCCUUCAUCAGUCGCACUCCCUCACCGGCACUGCAGGCAGGGGGGCCUAACCUGCCUCAAGCAUCCUCUGAGGAGCUCGAUGGGCUCUAUGCAAAAGUCAACAAGUCCAGACCCCCGCCUGUGUUGCAGAACCAGCUCCAGAUGCAAGCAGACAGCGAUCAGCACCAGCAGGCUCUGCGCAGGGAGUACCAGUUGGCCCGUGCUGCUCCGGGCUACGAGGAACUGGACGCAGCAAGACGCCGAGUCCUGGAUCACGACCCACGCCGAAUGGCACCCAGAGGCGCUGAAUCUCGAUUUGAGCACCCGUAUGAAGACAUUGGAAGACAUUACCCCACACACCCCAGGAGGGAUCCAUAUGAUUACCCCACUCAUUCCAGACCAGCGCCAAGAGAGGCAGCCCCCUACCCCAGCCACCUCCAGGACCCUCCGGCUUCCAGCCACCCCGGUCGUUUGCCUAUUCCUCAAUCAUCCACUCAAUCCCAGCCGGCGCCCGGCAGUCCUCGCUACUACCAACCACAGAAGCACCAUGCUGCACUAAGGCAGGAAGUCCCCCCGUCUCCCACCACAGCUCACAGAGGGCGGCAGUACCAGGAAGCCAUCAGAGGGAGAGGAGACGGCUACCGACAGGCCAGCCCUGGCCGCUACACCAGCCCCGAGAGAAACCCUGCCGUUAGGGACCGCUACCCUAGCCCAGAUCGCCACCGCUACAGAGAUGAAAGUCAGCCUGACCCAAGACGGAAGAACCCUAUGAUAGGAGCAGUGUGAAGGCAGCCCAUUUACACUGCUUUUAAAAAGGGUUAAAGUAGGGUUCUUUUCAGGGAGGAAGGUUUAAAUGUGUAUAUUUAAAGGUGUGCCAGGAUAUUCAAGUGAAUUUAUGAUGUAGAAAUUAAACUGAGAACAAAGUUCUGCAGAAAUAUAUUGGUGCCAAAUGUAUAAAACAAAUCUUAAAGCAGCAUUUAGAAGUAGUGCAGACUUGCAUUUUGCACAAGCUGAUCAAAAUGAAGGAGAUAAAGUGAAGUCACCUUGACCAGCUAGACUGCUACAGCAGAGAGAAACAGGAAGUCCACAAACAGGAAGAGGAAGUAACUGCCCUUCUUGUGUCUUCCAGUCCUUGAUGUUUUGUCGCUUGGACUUCCUUUACAUCCUGCUAUCAUGCUGAUAUUUUUUUUUCUUUUUCUUUUUUUUUUUUGCUUAUGAUUAUUUGGAUGAGGCCAUUACAUUUACUUCAUAUGUGUUAAAUUUAUUAUUGAUGAAUUUGUUAGUGAUAUUUUUGUGUUUGUCUAAAUCUUGACUUAAAUAAGCACAUAAAGCUAUGUUGCUCCUUCUAUGUGUUCUGUUCAACUAAUAAAAAAUUGAAUUAAACUUUUUACCCCUAAAUAUAUCAUACCAGAACACUGUUUGAUUUGAAUAAGCUGUCAAAUAAAUGUGUGAUUUUUCUACAAAUACUUUGCAAUAAAUAUUUAAA